GGCAAAAGAGUAACUCUUCAUGGCUGGUUCGUCUCAGGACGAGUUGUGUCGUCGAAGGUAGCAUUCUUUACCUUGCAAGACACCGACGGCUCCCGGAUCCAGCUGCUGUAUCGUAGCAAGACUGCACCUGAGGAGCUCACUAUCAAGGGACUCAAAACCAUCAGAGAUGAGACGCCGGUUGCGGUUACCGGCGUCUUGCAACCGAAGCAAAUGUCAAAGCAGGAGAUUGGGCGGGGAGAGCAGUCACACGAGGUCGUCCUUGAGAAGGUUGAAAUUCUGAAUACCCCUACGCACAUCCCUGUGAAGGAAUUCAAUGACGACUUUGCACUUUCUCACCGUUACCUCUACUGGAGGGUACCCGAAAACCUCAAGGCUCUCCGCCUCAGAUCUCGCGUAGCAAGUCUCUGCCGUGGGGUUCUUGAGAAAAACAACUUUCUGGAAGUUGAGACGCCUCUGCUGUUUAAGUCCACACCUGAGGGCGCUCGAGAAUUCCUUGUACCGACAAGGAGCAAUGGCCUGGCCUACUCCCUCCCUCAGUCACCGCAACAAUACAAGCAGAUCUUGAUGGCAUCUGGUGUCGGUCGCUACUAUCAGAUUGCGCGAUGCUUCCGUGAUGAGGACCUCCGCGCAGAUCGACAACCCGAGUUCACGCAGCUGGAUUUGGAGAUGAGUUACGUCAAGCAGGAGGAUGUAAUCAGGGUCAUUGAAUAUAUUCUGAGAACACUGUGGAAAGAGGUUUUGGAUGUUGAUAUCGGCAAGGUGCCGAGAUUGACCUAUGGUGAAGCGAUGGGGAAGUUUGGAUCAGAUAAACCUGAUUUGCGAUACGAACUUGAGGUCAAGAACGUGACGGAGUUCAUGCCCUCUGAGUUGCUUGAUUCUGAGGCGCCUGUCGUCGAAGCAGUAUUGAUCAAGGAUGGGGUGAAGUUACCUGAAGUUGCACGGGGAGGACUCCUACAACAUGAACAGUUUCCUGCCCUCGACUCUACGAGCAGAAGAAGUAUAACCGAAUUUCUUGGAGCCUGUGAAGAGGACUUGGUUAUCCUUACACGCCGAGCAUCGCGACUGACCGGUGGCUCCACAGCAGCCGGUAGAGCCCGCACAGCCGCCAUUGAGGCGAUGACCACCGCCGGACUCUGGGAACCAUCGAAGAAGUUCUCCUUCUGCUGGGUCGUGGACUUCCCGCUAUUCACGCCCUCCACAGACAACGCUGCCGAACCUGGGCAGGGAGGUACCUUGGGACUGAGCUCGACGCAUCACCCAUUUACCGCACCGGUGGUCAUGGAUAGGACGAAACUGGCAGAGAUGGUCAAGCAGGAUCCAUUAAGCAUCAAAGGACAACACUACGAUAUUGUAUGCAACGGUGUCGAGCUCGGUGGUGGAUCGAUCCGUAUCCAUGAUGCUGUCCUUCAACGUACAAUGCUGACGGACUACCUCGGCAUUCCCAGUGAGAGGCUCGUGCAGUUCUCGCACCUGAUCGCUGCGCUUUCGGCUGGAUGUCCCCCACAUGGAGGUAUUGCGCUCGGUUUCGAUAGGUUGGUCGCUAUGUUGCACGGUACAACGAGUAUCCGCGAUGUCAUUGCUUUCCCGAAGAAUAGUGCGGGACGUGAUAUGUUGGUGGGAAGUCCCAGUCCGCUGGAUAAUGAUAGAUUGAAGGACUACCACCUGACGUUA